AUGGUCACCGCAAUGAACGCGCCCUCCAGGUGGAGCGGCAAACGGCAGAACGUCUUUAAGUCUGUUUUUAAUACGGAAAUAUUGCAGCCCACUCCAUACUCGACACCAUCACAGAGGUUCACCUCACAAGGUGACCUAUUGGGCGGUCUACCGCCACCGCCGCCGUCAUCACACCAUCAGUCACCUUCACGCGCGCACUUCCCCGGCAACAUCAAAGUUUCGAAUCUUCAGAGCUCGCCCCCGCCAACUCAUUCGCAUCCGCCUUCUUCCGACCAGUCCAACGACCAGGUUAGGUGGGAUCGAGCAUGGCACGUGGUGACGACUCGUAUCCAGCUGCCGCCAUCGGUGGCCGCUGAGGACUCGUUCGGCACCUUGGCAUCUGAGUCUCAGGACUACGAUGCGGACUUCUACGACAGUCUUAAUCUGGUGCUCCAUCCAUGGAAGCACGCUCAGCACGCUACCGCCACCGAAGACAUCCUCUCCUGGCAUACCCAGCAGGUUCGCCACCACUUUGCUCAACACGUCCUCCCCCUGCUGUCCGCAUGCAAUACCUACGGUGACCAGGCUCAGGUACUCCUUGGAAGUAUACAUACGCUGGAAGCAGCCCACCGCCAGUAUCUCUAUGGGCUAUCCCUCAUUGUGCGGGGCCUCGACAGCAAGCAUGCAGACAUUGCCGUUGACAAGUUCCGGCGUGAUCUGCACGCAGUCAUUGGCAAUUCCAUGUCACAGGCGCUCAUGGAAUCCCUUCGAGCCGUCUUUGGUCGCUUAACGAGGGUCAUUCUGGGCAUGCAGGCCGCACCCUCCCCCGGGGCAUCUCGGGGGACCGGCUUGCAAGGGGACAAUCAGGCAGCAGCACCAUCCCCAACACCGGCAGCAGCAGCGCGGCAAGAGCUCUUGCAGUUGAUUGAGGCGCUGCACAAAGUAGGCCUUGCCGGGGAGAGAUUUCAGAUACUAUUCGCCGAGUUGAUGGACUCUGUGAUGAUUGAGCAUGUAAAAACAUCAUUCGCCGGCGUCUGGACGCAGCCAAAAGCAGGUGGCGGGAAGGAUGCUCCAGGCCCCUCGUCGGUUUCUCGUGUGGCGAAGCUUGGCACACCUUCACGCUGCAUCGCAGCACUAUGCGAUUGGGUCGAGAACCAUUACUCGCGGCUAGCAGUCGAGGUCUUUGCUCGCCUCGGUAGCGGGGAUAUUGCUUGGGCCGACGUCGAAAAGUGGAAGGAGAUCGCAGUCGGACGCUUGGCUGUCAUGCGCAUUCAUGAGCUCUUUGACAUUGUCCUGCAGUGGCCCGAGAGCAAAGGAGCUCUGGACGACCUCCGCAUGGCCAUCACCACACCUCAGCGACGCUUGCAACUGACGGACACGUUCUCGGCGGCCCUUCAAAAACGUCUACUGCACCCAGGGAGAUCGACGCUCGAUAUACUCCGUGUAUAUAUCUCCAUGAUCCGAACGUUCCAUGCCCUAGACAAUUCCAAAGUGCUCCUGGACCGUGUGGUGCAUUCGCUCCAGCUUUACUUGUGCCAGAGAGACGAUGCCAUCCCCAUCGUUGUUACAGGGCUCCUAUCCAAUCCAGACGACAUCCGCACCGAAGCGGGCAAAACAAAGCUUGUUGAGCUAGCCGUUUUGCUCAAUGAUCCCUCACAGCAAAGACGUCCUGCUACGGACGAAGAAGAGCUGGACUGGGAUGAUAUGGAAUGGAUCCCCGAUCCUGUGGACGCUGGUGUGAACUACAAACGUCCCAAGUCGGAAGACGUCAUUGGAACACUGGUCAAUGCUCUGGGCUCGCAGGAUAUCUUUAUCAAAGAGUUCCAGAACAUCAUUGCAGAGAGGUUGUUGUCCACCCAGGUCGAGUUCACCCAAGAGAUCCGGGUGCUCCAUUUGCUGAAGAAGCGGUUCGGAGAUAACGCCUUGCAGAAUUGCGAUGUCAUGAUUAAGGACAUCCAAGAUUCAAAGAGGGUCGAUUCGAUCAUCUCCAAGACGGUGAGGGCAGGCCACAUCGGGGGACCUGUCCGGAAAUCCAAGGAGCUUCCGUCGUACCAUACGAAGAUUCUUUCUCGGCUCUUCUGGCCAACGAUGGACCGGGAGCACUUCAUCCUUCCACGGCCCGUCGCCGAGGUGCAAGGGUACUACGAUGGUGAAUUCGAACGUCUGAAGUCUUAUCGCAAGCUGACAUGGCUCAAUAACCUCGGAAAUGCCACAGUCAACCUCGAGCUGGAAGACAGGACAGUGGAGAAGGAGUGCAAGACGUACGAAGCCGUCGUUAUCUACGCUUUUCAGGAAGACGAAACCUAUAAAGGACCGCUCCCUCUGCGCCGCACCGUCGACCAGCUUGAAGAGGUUCUCCAGAUGGAUGACGAUCUUAUACGGUCCGCCAUCUCCUUCUGGGUUAGUCAGCGUGUCCUUCGUGAGAUGGAGCCGGGCACCUUUGCCGUCCUCGAGAAGCUGAAUGACGAUGCCAAUGGCGGGGCCAACCCCGCUGUACCUGGCCCGGAUGAAGCCCCUACCACGGAGUCGGGUGAUCUCUCACCCAAGAAGCCCAGCGCGCUUGAUGCCAAGGAGCAGGAACGGCGACAGGUCUACUGGCAGUUCAUUGUCGGUAUGCUCACGAACUCGAGCCCGGCUAUGCCGCUGGGUCAGAUUGCCAUGAUGAUGAAGAUGCUGAUCGCGGACGGGUUCCCGUGGAGCAACGAGGAGUUGCAGGAGUUCCUCGCGGAGAAGAUGGCAGAGGAGGAGUUGGAAUUGGUAGGCGGCAAAUACCGCCUACUCAAAAAAUGA